ACUACUUUCAUACUAUGUACUGAAUGUACUAUGAUUAACCUAUUUCAUAGUAAAUAGUUAAUUUAAACCACCAGACAAUGUUAAUAUUCAUUGUAAACAGUCAGGUGUUAACCUGUAUUUAUCAUUUCCGCCCGCAUAAAUUGUGUUUACUACUUAACAGCCAACAAAAUGCCAAUCAACUGCAGUUUCAUCUUCGGCCAAAGACAAUAACAUUCAUUGAUUGAAUCAAAAGAGAGAUUUAUCAUCAAUCAUGAUUGCAUUCCGUUUAAUUGUUUUAACUUUACUUAUGACCAUCGCAACUGGUUUCCCAUCAUCACCAUCACCACCGCCGCAAGAUUUGAUUGAUGAUUUAAGAAGGAUUGCCACCAAGAUCUUCAGUGAUCGGGAAAAUCUUGAAAAAUUGACCUCGCAAAUACAAAAGAUAUCCUCUGCUGGUCCAAACCUCUUCAAUUCAGUUGAAGUUGCUCCAAAGUCAACCCAUGGAUCUUACCAAAUGGCACCGGAAUCAUCACAGCCGGGAGGAAACCCUUUGGUUGUUGUACAAAGUCGAAUCAAUGCUUUCUUUGAAUCAAUGAACCAAUUGUUCAAAAACAUGAGACAAGUUAUUGAACGAAUUCCUGUCCCUGAAGACGCCGAGCUUAAUCCAUUAAAGGCUUUACAAACACUUGAAAAUCAAUUUCAAAAUAUGCUCAGUGGUUUGGUAGUUCCGGAUCCUGCGACAGUAAUUAAACCAGCAAUCGUUAAUGGGACCAAUGUAGAUAAACCGCAAUCAAAUGGAACAAUUGUUUGAUUUAAAUUGUAUCCGAUGAUAAAUCUAAAUCCUUUUCCCUAUUUAGAUUUACUCAUUCCUAACAGAUUCCUCUAAUUUGGUUUUUGCUAAAUAAGAUUGAUUCUCACAACAAAUCACAUAAAUCUUUGAGUUUAUUUAAAAGGUUGUUAUUGAAAUACAUAUUGAAAUUGGUUGAUAUUCUUGAGGAUAACUAUAAGUAAUUACAUUUCGAGUGAAAGCGACAGAUUUUCUAUUUAAGAUCGAAGCUUGAAGAACUAACAGUUUCUUAGAUUAUUGCUUUGAAUCGGUGAUCUCCAACAUAGCGUUUACAGAUUAGCUUUAAGGCCAAUGAAAUAGUGUUAAGCUUAUCUUUAUCACGAACUGCCAAAUCUUCAAUUAUGUUUGCAAAAGCAUAAAGAUAUGAAAGAGUGUGUCUGUGGGUUGAUAAACUGAAACAACUCUUGUGAAACUGUAAUGCCAAUUCAGAGUAGGCUUGGUGAUUUGUCAAAGGUACUCGAGUUUCCAUGAUAUCAUCAACAUUGGUACAAUAACCUUUUUGGCAAAGUUUACCAAUAAUCGACCGAAUAGUUGUAUUGACAUAAUCUCUUCCAGCUAAAAUUGUACCCAAAUGUGCAGUUAAAGCGGCCUUCUCUAUUGGAUCCGUUCUUUUGAGGAUUGAUCGUCGCAGACUUUCAAUGGGUGCAUUUACACUGGAAAUUGAAUUGAUUACUGUGUCAGGAACGGAAUUGAACAAACUAUGGUCAGCAUUUUCAUCUCCUUGGAAUUGACUGACAGAUAAACGACGAACAGAGUGAUCACCAAAUUGUUGUGGUGUUGAUUUUUUCGUCUUUGAUCGAACGAUUGUAAACUGUUUCUCUAAAGUUUCAUUGACUAGUGACUUUUCCGUGUCCGAAUCAAUCAGCCAGUUGAUGGAAAACUCGUCGGCUAAAUAAAUUUCCCUUUCAUCAUCAAAGUAAAUGGCAUAACUUGAUUCAUCAGGUCUCGAUGCUGUUACUGCGAAUAUGGAUUCAUCUUGGGGUAAAAUGUUUUUAAACAUUGAACCAGAUUCACAGGCUUCAAUGUACAAAGUCAUAGCGCCAAACCGAUUAUUUGCUUUCAUCCAUUGAAGAGUUGAAUUAAGCUCAGCUGAAGUAAUAACAUUACGAGGGAAA